AUGAUCCGACGCUUAUUUCUUUCUGGAGGGCGACGAAUCAACCAUUUAAACCAAGAUUUGGUUUUGCUUUCCAAGUCAGGUGUGCAUAUUUCUGUCGUAGACAGUUGUACAAAGUGCAGCACAGUCGCUAUGUCGUCAUCCAUUUAUACGCAUCAUCCUCGAUUUCAAGAAUCUCUUCAUUUUUCGUCCACCGCAUCCAGUGGCCAUAAUGACUUUCAUGGUACUGAGGUAUCUUCACUCGCACUGGACUCAAAUCUCAAGGCGCGUGUGCUGGAAUCCACAUUAACCUAUAUUCCGAAAUAUGGCUGGUCACGUGAAGCGAUUGAAGCUUGCUGUCAAGCUGAGGGGUGCUAUCGAUAUAGUUCUUCAUUUUAUGCCUCACGUAAUCAACAGUUGGCUGAAGUUAUGCAACAGUGGAGAAUUCGUAAUAUCACCGAUGAAAACAAUAGAUUAAAUGAACAUGACUCUAGAUUCUCUUUAUCCUCCUCUCCAUCUACAGCUGCUGAGGUAGAUGAAUUUUUAUAUCGGGCUUUAGAGUAUCGGUUGAAAGCCAUUGUACCAUAUUUGGAUGUAUGGCCCCAAGCUUUAGGACUGUUAUCCUUACCUACAAAUAUUCCCUCUUCUAUUGGUAUGCUAGCCCAGCUUGUUGAUGAAAUAUGGGCUCAAGCAGGUGACCGUUCAACUGAUAUGUCGUGGUAUGCCAAACGUCUAGGUUUGGCGUACGUAUACAAUCUUACUGAACUUUAUAUGUUGCAAGAUAAAUCUCCAGAACUUGUAGAGUCAUGGAUAUUCUUGCGCAGACGAAUCGAGGAUUUACGAUCAGUUAAGCAGAUGAAUCUGAAGGCUGCCGCAAGUAUGCUUAGCAACGGUGUUUUAGCUUUUGGAAAUGUUACAUGCAACAUUCUUGGAUGGAAUCGUGGUCACUAG